CACGGCGUGGGAAGAAUGCGGUAGUUACCGAGCGGACUGUCCAAACAUACUACCUCUAAACACUGUCGAGGGAGCAUAGCGAGCUCAAAGGAAUCGAAAGCCCUCAGCCAAACGUCGUAGCAAGUCGACGUCCAGCACAAAACUACGAUUACGGCCCAUCAUGUCGUCAAAACUUCCCUCCGUCCUCAGCGCAACUGACGAGGAAAUUCAACUCCUCCUGGCAGCGCAAUGUCACAUCGGCACAAAAAACUGCGAUAAGCAGAUGGAGCCUUAUGUUUGGAAGCGCCGCGUUGACGGCAUUCACAUUCUUAACAUUGGCAAGACCUGGGAGAAGCUUGUCUUUGCCGCACGAGUGAUCGCCGCUGUCGAGAACCCCAACGACGUCUGUGUCAUCUCUGCUCGCCCCUACGGACACCGUGCAGUCCUCAAGUUUGCUGCCAACACUGGUGCACAAGCCAUUGCCGGCCGUUUCACCCCCGGUUCCUUCACGAACUACAUCACCCGCUCUUUCAAAGAGCCCCGUCUCAUUGUCGUCACCGAUCCUCGCGUUGACCACCAGGCGAUUCGCGAGGCAUCGUAUGUUAACAUCCCCGUCAUUGCUCUUUGCGACACGGAUGCACCUCUCAAGUUCGUUGACGUUGCCAUCCCCACGAACAACAAGACUCGUCAUUCGAUUGGUUUGAUUUGGUGGUUGCUCGCACGGGAGGUGUUGAGGCUCCGUGGGACGAUCCCUCGCACUCCUGAUGGGUGGAAUGUGAUGGUUGACAUGUUCUUCUACCGCGACCCUGAAGAAGUGGAGAGGCAACAACAGGAGGAAGCACAGGCUAAGCUUGCCGCUGCCGAGCCAGAGGCCCAGGGUGGCCUGUCGGAGUGGGAUGCCCCAUCCGCGCCUCAGCCAGGCUCGAUCAACCCUGCUCUUGUCGCCCAAGACGGUGGUGCUCUCGACUGGGCAGCAGAUGCUGCACCUACCACCGAUUGGUCAGCGGAGCCUGCUUCAGGUGGAUGGGGAGCAGAACCCACCACUACUAGCGGGUGGGAUUAGGCGUCGUACGCGAUAUAAUUCUCGAUGUGCAUGUUUUGCUUCCUCUCCAUUUACAUUGUCUGCGACUUUUGACAUGCAAAAUAUGACAUCAUGGUCUCUCUCCCUUAUGUGCUCGGGUGGUGUAUAUGAUCAUCAUAUUUUAAGCGUGAAUUUCACCCCAAUGCUCAUGGUUUUAUGGUAUCAAUGAGUUUCUAGGUGUUCACAUUCGCAUAUCCGCUGUGUUAUGUGCUUCGCAAGAGCAAAACCGUUAUAUUGAGGCUGGAUAAGUAGUUGUACCUGCAAUCCCUGAUACCUAUGUUAUUUUCGUUCAAACUUCACAGAAUUGGAUGCAUUUGCAGUUAC